ACUUGCCACUUGAUGUGCUAAAUCUCUUCAUCAUCACCAAAUUGAAAGAGGUGAAUAAAAAAAGAGCUAUAUCCUAUGGAGAGAGAACACAAUUCAAGUUUCCAUUUGCCUCCUGGUUUUAGGUUCCAUCCAACUGAUGAGGAGCUCAUCAUUCAUUACUUGCAAAACAAAGUUGCCUCACGUCCACUUCCAGCAUCUGCAAUUGCUGAGAUAGAUUUAUAUAAAUAUAAUCCAUGGGAGCUGCCCAAGAAAGCCUUGUUUGGAAAAGAUGAAUGGUAUUUCUUCAGUCCACGGGACAGGAAGUACCCAAAUGGAGCAAGGCCUAACAGAGCUGCAGUCAAGAAAGCUCUGGUCUUUUACAGGGCUAGAUCUCCAAAGGGGGUUAAGACAGACUGGAUCAUGAAUGAAUACAGACUGCUUGGGACAGCAACUAAGUCAUCAAAAUCCAAAGGUGCCAUGAGAGUAAGUGGCUAACCAGGAUUAAUGAUUAUGAUUAUUAAAAACUUUUAUCAAAAAUCCAAGAAACGACAAUAGAAGUUUUCUGAUAACAUAAAAGAAUUUGUGAUUAAGCAUAAUACAAGUUACAGAAGCUAAUAAUUUGCUCCACUUUGAAAAUCAGAAGCAAACUGCAAGAAACAGGGAGAUCCGUCAUUAAUACUCCUUUAUACUUUGUUCCUUUUGUUGUUUAGAGCCAUAAGAUCAAACCAUCUGGAAAUUCUUGUAGAUAAAGAAGCAUUUAAACUUGGCAGCAGGAUAACAGAAACUUUAGUUUUUCUUCUUCAUGUGGAAAAUAUUGCCUCUGUUUUUUGCAGUUGGAUGAUUGGGUUCUAUGUCGGGUACGGAAAAAGGGAAAUACAGAAGAUGACAUAUGUGAAGUUCAACACAGCCAAAGCACAGAAUUGAUGAGGUAUUUAUGCAGGACUGAGGGGCACCCUACAUUCACGGACCAUAAAAAUGCUAUGAUAUCAGAUUGUCUGAAGCAAGAUUGCCAACUCUUAGCUUCCUUAUUAGCUGGCCAAAUCUCAUCCACCAUGGAAACUAUUUCAGGUUCCAACUUCCAAUGGAGAAGAGACUGUCAAUUGCACCUCAGUUCAUGAACAUAGUUCUUAAUCUUCUGAUAAAGUGAAUUUGCCCAU